AUGACGGACAAUCACGGUGAUAACAACAUAAGUUGUUUCAGGAUAUUUAUGUUCAAUUUCUUGGACAAUGCGCGUUUGAAAGCAUGCGAAAGGUUGCUGCGGCUCUCCAUGCCAGUGGAUGAUAUUGCUUAUUUGGAUGAAAAAGUUUUUGUUUCAAUCUCAUCGAGUUCACACAUUCAACUUUUGUAUUUUCUCAGGAAUAAAGAAGGCGUAUGGGAUUUGGAUAACCCAAAAACAUUGCACUUAUCAAUCCAGAAACAAUCGAUGCUGAGUUCGAAUACUGCGGAAAUGGUAGCGUGCUUGGCCGUCAUUGGUUCCACUAUUUUUGUGGCCAUGGCUAAAUCAUCUACUAUCAAAGUAAUCAAUGCAUUCACGCUGGAAUGCCUGUUGGAAUUUAACAUUUCGCAUAUCGUCAGCAAGGCGCUGUCCAGCCGGGAAGAAAUUAUCCGGAAGCACAAAAUGGGCUGCUUGAGAAUAACAUCACUACUAUGUUGUAAAAAACGCCUGUGGAUUGGAACUUCAGCUGGUAUCAUCAUCAAUACGGCCAUUUCAAAUACAAGAACAUUGAACUGGACACCAUCCUUUAAUGUUUGUCAGGCGGGACACAUUGGAUCUUGUCGCUUUUUAACAGCUGUUUCGGCGUCAGCAGCACCAUCAUUUGAUCUGCGCCGUCGACGUAUGUCACUUAGUGCCCCAACUUUGCAGCAACUGGAACAAAUGUUCGUGAUCAGCGGUGGUGAAGGAUUCGACAGUUGCGCUCUAGAAGUUGAUGGUGAGAAGCGGGAAACUGAAGAUUCUAUUAACCACUUAUUGUUUUGGUCGGCUUAA